GCAGCUUGCGAUGGCAAACGAAACGGCAUGCCCCUUACGUCCGUUAUUGUGGUCGAGUGGCACUUGUAGAGCUAUUGAAGAUGGUUGGCAAUUGCCUCUUUCUGGACGAAAACCACGUGCGGCGCAAGCCCGUCUGGUCGUGACUAAUAAAAAACAAUAUGUGCGACUCCGCCUGCGCCUGUAUAAUGCAUCUGUAAUCCGAAGUGCGAGUACUGCUGACCGGUCUAACAACUUGAUGUGGCAAUCGUUCUGGCAAUUUCAAUGUUCUUGCCCCAUACCACAUCGGCCGAGGAUAGUUUGCCUUGUAUUGUCCGCACUACAGAGUGUUGAUAAUUGGGAGAUCGAACAGACGCAGAUCAACAACUCGGUUCAAUGGAGCAUAUCAUAG